AUGCCAGUAAAGAUUGAGAAAGAAGUCAUUGAUGUGGCGGAUGAAUACGAUGAUAAAGAUGAUGAUGACGAUGACAUCCACCAUAAUCACCACCAUCAUUCAUCCCUUCUUCACAACAAUGUCAAAAUGAAUGGUAACUGUAACAGCAACAAUAACAGUGGUAGUGGUAAUGGGAACCACAGUGGUGGUAGUGGGCAACAAUCUCCUUCCCAAGAUGAGAUGAGCCCCGGCCUAGCUCUGAGAGGCAUGAUGAGACAGAGUGAAGAUGAAUGCCGGGAAGGUACAGGUAGUGACAGCAGGGGUGGAAAUGAUCUUCAGGGCUCUGGCGAGCUUCGUUGUAUGGGCAGCUUCACCUCCGAGGACCAAGACCAUGAAAGAGACUUUGAGAACGAAUCUGAAACCUCUGAUUCUAAAAUGUUCUAUCGUGAUGAGCUGAUAGAUGUGGAGGACCAGCAAAAACAAAGCAGGGGUGGAAGGUGUCUGGAGAAGGAUCACGACAAUGAGGGCAGCGAGGAAGCCCAAUUGAGAAAGGAAAUGGAAAGCAAGGGUCAUUCCUCACCUCCUCAGCCCCCUAUCAGGAUCAAGGAAGAACUCAAUGAUCCUACAUACGACAUGUUCUGCAUGGGCCAGUACGGCCUCUAUAACGGAGGUAUGGCAGCAGCUGCUGCUGCUGCAAGCAUGGCUGCUCUGCAUGAGAGCUUCAUCUCUUCGAUGGGCUACGGUGCCAGCCCACCCAAAUUCCCUUCUUCUCAAUCACCAGAGGGAGACCCAUGCUCAAGUCCUGACCCCAAGAUCUGCUAUGUGUGUAAGAAGAGCUUCAAGAGUUCCUACAGCAUGAAACUUCACUACAAGAAUGUGCACCUCAAAGAGAUGCAUGUGUGCACUGUGGCUGGCUGCAACGCUGCUUUCCCUUCACGGCGGAGCCGAGACAGGCACAGCUCCAACAUCAACCUGCACCGCAAACUGCUGACCAAAGAGCUGGACGACAUUGUCCUGGACCCCCAACUCCCGCCACUUCCCAAGGACCUGCGCGCCGAGUUUCUGGCCAAGAUCUACGCCGGGCAUCACAUGGGCAUGGACCCGUAUGCCGGGAUGGGCAUCGGAGGCGGCAGCCUUCGGCCCACUGGCCUGCACCACAAUGCCCGUUCCCUGAUGAGCAGCGAGUAUCCCCACCACACUCUCAACCAUAACCUUAAAAACCACCACACCAACGGCUUCUCCCGGGGCCAGCCAGACGACUACAUGGUGUUGGACCUGAGCACCACAUCCAGCGUUCAGUCCAGCAGCAGUGUCCACUCCUCACACGAGUCAGACGAGGGCAGCGAUGAAGGCAUCCUAUUGGAUGACCUGGAGGAGGAGGAGGGGGUAGAGGAUGAGGAGGAGGGCAACAGUGAGGGUGAGGACUUCUCCCAGCAUGCCGAGGGGCGGGCUGAAGGAAGGCAUCUGGACGAGACUGGAGAACUAAGAGGAGAAGGACAAAGUGAGGGGUUGGAACCUUCCUCACCAUUCCUCUUUUCGUCCAACGGGGGCAGCAACAGUGGCAGCGGUGGGAUCCUCUGCAACAUCUGCCAUAAAAUGUACAGCAACAAAGGAACCCUGCGUGUGCACUACAAGACUGUGCACCUGCGCGAGAUGCAUAAGUGCAAAAUCCCCGGUUGCAACAUGGUGUUCAGCUCCGUGCGCAGCCGUAACCGACACUCUCAGAACCCCAACCUCCAUAAAAACAUGCCCUUCUCCACGAUAACAGACUAAAUAAUGAAUUGCUACUUGACCCCGCUGUCAGUCGGCCCACUCCCCCCUUCAUUCCUCAUCCUUAUUCCUCCUCAAAUUAGCUCUUAUUCCCAGCCCAGGGCCAUCAAAUACAGGCUAAAUGCCUGUAUGCCUCCUGCCCGUCCUCUGUAAGUCAUUGAAAGACAUUUCUAUGUCCCUCUAUAAAAAUUCAUCGACUCUAAAUACAGUUUAUUAUUGUGACCUUUGACUUUUCCUUCUUUGGAAGAACAGGAUGACGCUCUCGCGCAUGGAGUUUGCUUUAUAACAAAACUCCACUUGUGUUUUUUUCAUAAGCCCCUCCAUCUUUCAUUUGAGACUCCAGCCUACUUUUUUGUCUGUCUCCAAAGAAUCUAUUCAAACUCUUAUUUGUGACUUUGCCUGCAGAAAUGAUAGUAUUGAAAAAAAAGAAAAUCUUCUUGUUGUAUUUGUGUAAUGAUAGCUUUUAAAUGAACCCCCUUACAAAAGCAUGACAGCUUCAUUUGUAAAUAAUGUCCCAAGAGGCUUUUGGUGUAAAAGAGUUGUGUUGAUGGUUGUUUGCUUCUUUUUUCUCUCUCGUUAUGGUUUUAUGUUACAGUCCAGUACAAUACUUCCAGCUUUAGGCAAGAAAGAGGUAGCAUCUUACUAGCUUGACUCAUUUAUGUUAGCUUCAACGACACGUUUUUAUCUGAGUCCUAGGAAAAAAAGAAUAUCAUGUGACUUGUUUUAUCUACUUGUUAGAUAUUCAGAGGUUGCCGGCAUGCUUUUUUUGGCUCCUACACUGAUAUCAUUCUCUGUAUUUCUAUUGUUUUAUUUUGUUUUUCUAUUUUGUCUGUUAUGUUUAUGAGCUUUAGUAUACCAAUUCAGUUUUUGCACUUUGCAUCUAUACAAGGGGAUGUGUAAUAUUAUUAUAAUGAGGACUUUUGCAAUGGUGAGUUUAGGUGUUGUUCGGGGUCAUUGAUGGCUACAGUGCCAAGGUAAAUAAUACAUUUAACGUUAUUAUGCCAGUUUCUUUUUGCACGUGCUCAAACACAGUUUCACAACAGAAACAACUUGUCUCCUUGAACAAAAUCUAUCCCCAUUGCUAAAAAAAAAAACUAAUUCAGAGCGUCUCCGAAAUACCUUGCCUCAAGUCAAAUCAAAGCGUGAAUGAAUAUAAACUGCUGAUCCACAAACACAAAGUUAAAUACUGAUAAAGUCUCUCCUCUCUGUUCAAUGUGUGUAUGGAUGUCAGUAAUGGUCACAAUAAUUACUCCAGAGGUGUAACUGUGUAUAAAGCAUGACAUUAUUGUGACUCAAAAAAGUUAUCAAUGCAAGAACUCACGUUGGUUUUUACAAAAGACUAUUAUGACUGUCCCAUAGAUUUGAAGAAAAAAGAUGAAAAUAGUCAUUCAACUGUGACCAAAACAAAAGUGUUUGCUUCAGAAAAGCUCUUUCAGUGUGAGAGUGUGUACUUAAAUCAUGCCCCAUUGGAUUAAUAUGAUGCACUUGAGUCUUAAAAUCUUUUGCUGUGAUAUUUUCGGUAUCGGUUUCCAUUGCUUAGUGUCGGCUACAAAUGUACUCUAUGAAAAAUGUUGCCAUUUUUAACAUGUCCAUGACUGUCUUACGGUACAAAUUUUUUCCAGUGACUGGGCAAAGUAGCCGAGGGAAGGGGUAUUUAUUGGUGGGUCAUGUAUCCUCAUGGAGGUUUUUUUUGUUGGUUUAAAGAAUAUUUUUUGUAAAAAGACAAAAAAUAGAGACUAUUCCUCAGUUUGUUUAUCAGUGUAUUAGCGAUGCCAUGUGUUACUAUACAAGGAGAUCUUCUCUUACUUGACUGGUGCUACACACAGAGGGGAAAAUAUGCAGUGUUAUACGGUGUGCUGUACAGUAUUCACCUUACAUCCAUAACAGUGUUGAGUUCCACUUGUUUCAUACUUAAGCCAUUUUUACAAUAUAGACAUGACCCAUUCUGGUGAGAUAUUUCAUGCUUUUUUUUUAAGACUCCACCUAUAUGACACAUGCAGUUUCCAGUCCUCUCUUCUCAGAGAUAAAGAGAGGGAGACAGAGCGCUGAGGCUGAUGGAAAGGUUGCGGAGGUGGAAGGCUGACUAGGGAGGAAAAGGAUGACAGCAACGAUCAUUAAAAAUGUGCUGCUUCUCCGUUACCUGGAGGCGUCCCUGCCAUUCCAGCUUCUUCUGUCUAAUAACUCACUUGUCACUUCGUUACACUGCCAGACUCCAAGGUUGCUGACAAGACUGUGACACUGACAGAAAGAGAAAAAGAAGGGAAAAGACUGUGUGCUCUGAACAAUUCAAUUUGACCCAUUCAAUUAAGUUGGAUUCAAUUCAUCUAUACACUUUCUAUGUGUGCUUAUUCUUAUUCAGGGUCGCUGAUAAUUUAAUUCAAUUUCUUUCUCUCUCAUUCUUUUUUCCCCCCCUCUUUGUCUGUCAGAGCGCAGUCAUUUAAAAACCGCCUUACCCAUUUCUUCAACCCGCCACUCAGUUACCACCUCCACACCCCACAGAGCAGGUCCUACAGGGACACACACUAAUAGUGUAUGCUUAAGUUCACCGGACGGCCAUGGCAUAGGAAAAAGGGAUGGGUAAUUGCCUGUUUAUCCCAAGUGAAGGGAAAAUUGAGUACAGGAACCCCUGCCUUUUCCCAGGAGUGGAUUUCACUGAGGCGCUUGCUGCCUCAUUCACUCAUUCAAUCCCCCCGGCCCUCGCUCUGGCAGAAAUAAAAAAAGUGCUAUUCGAGGACCCCUGCUGACAGCUGUCUCUCUAACACACAACCAGAGUAAAACACACACACACAUGCACACAGAGGAGAGUAGCGCAUACACACAUAUGCUUCCUACUUACAGGCCAGAAAGAUGACAAGAACUAGAUGACUUGUUAACCUCUAGUGAUGGAGGAGACAGGGUCAGAGAAAUAUAGAGUGUGUUCUCACCACAGGAAAUUAAACUCUCCAUCGAGCAUUAACAUUAUAGCUGCUGCCACUACAGAGAAAGCUAAUAUUCCAUUAUGGAGAAUGAUGGGGGUUAGCAGUCAGGCAUGGAAAAUCCAAAGCGCUUAUUAUUAUUUCAUUUUACAUUUCCAACAGCUAAUAGUUGAGACAUUUUACCGAAUGAGUUAACCGUUUAAUUUAGAAAAAUGUCAGUAAGCUCACAGAUUGAUUUUAACUUUGUAGAAUAAUUUGAUCUAUACAAACCCAACAAAGGUAAACUUAAGAUAAAUGUGCUCUGCCCAAAUAACCUCACUGUCUUGAUCUGACAAAAACACGUUCUCACACUUGUUUUUUUCCACUACACUGUUCCUUGCAGUCUAUUUCUCAAGCAGCAGCCACAGUGCAUGACCUCUGUCUAUGUACUUGUGUGUGCCAGGCAAUAAAGGCAAAAUAUUCCCUCAAAAACACCCUUCUCCCACCUCCUACGGGCUCCUUCUGAGUCCUGCGUGGUGAUGGGGAUGCCAGCAAAAUUUAGAGCUGAAAAACAAACCACUGUCCAGCUUCGCCAGGGAGACAGACUGGAGAGAUGGCGUGAGGGGAUUGGGCUUAGAGAGUGGUCUUGCAGUAGCCUUGCGGCAGUCACUUAACAAGGCAGGGUAGAAGGAGAGGAAAGAGCAGCGGGGCCAGGACUCCCUGGGAGUCAUCGCCAGCUUCUUCUAGAUUGCCUGCUGGAGAGCGAUCGCCACCCCUCACAUCUCCACCCUUCUCCCCCUACACUUUCCUCUCCUCUGAGAAAUGACCACCAAUUUCCCCCUCUCCUCUGAGAAAGGCCCCCCAAUCCAAUCUUUGUCUCCCUUUUUUACUUCCCCAACCACAUGGGCCCAGGUGGUUUCUGCUACCUAGUGACCGGGCUGUGGAUCCGCAGGAACACGUCACUUACAGCGCCUCGUUGGCUGCAACCACUGGAGUGAAUCUUUAAUAUUUGAUUAGAGGAGCGUCAGGCAUCAAUUAUUCUGUAAUUCUACAUAGCACACGGGGAGAAGGGCAUGGCAAACGGCUGACCUGUUAAUCACUGUCCGUUUUGUUCACUUCACAUAGUGGAUGAGAGGGGACCAGUUAAUGUAGCUCAAGGAACAAAGUGGGAUUAAAAUGUUUGAUAGGACAUCAUCAAAGUAUAUGCAGAUAGAAAUACACACAUCUUUGUACAGAUGCUUCAGUCUCAUGUGUUAUGUUCUAGAGAAAAUACCCUCGUUAAUUUGAACUGGAACUUGUGAAAUGUCAAGAAUUAAUUCAUAUGAUGUUUUCCAUUUGCCAAUUAUAUUUUACAGUCUUAAAUAUAAAUGAGUUUGAAGAGCUGGUGAAUUUAGAUUUUUUUUUUUUUUCUGUAUCGAAUGCAUUUGUUUCUUUAAAAAGCCUGUGUUCUGGCACGGGCACUCGGCAGCGUUGCAUGGCUACAUCGUCGCACUGCAAACAACGAACGGAGCUUGCGUCACUUUGGUGUCAAAAUGGUGAUUUGGAAGCCUCAUGAAUACUGUAUGUUACCUAAACAGGUGUUUCCCAUUUGCAGGAGGAGAAAAAUGCUCCUCUUUUUAAAAAGACUUGUUUCUUUCUUUUCUUUCUUUUUUUGCCUUUCUUGUAUUUGUUUCUGUAUCAUAACUGUCUAUGGUUUUUGCAUAAAAUGCAUAAGGGUUUUGGGAUGUAAAUGGAAUUUUAUUCAUAUUUUGUCCAAAUACCUCUUGUAAUUUGUAUCAGAAUUCUUGUACAAUUUUUAUAUUAAAGAUUUAUCAGUCACUG